AAUCAAUUGAAAUAAUUAACAACAGAAACAAAUAAAAAAAAGUUUGAUCGAUCAAACGAAAGCCGUUGGAUCAUUCAUCCGAAAGGAAGAAGAAUUAUAACUGGAUCACACCCAAAAAAAAAUUUUUUUUGUUCUCAAGUCAACAAAGAACAACGAAAAAAAAUAGGUCCGAAGAACUUUGAAUGUUGUUGUUAUCAUCAUCAUCAUCACCAUCAUCAUCAUCGUCCUCAUCGUUGUAAUCGCAUUUCCUCAUCUGGACCUGCAAUCCCCGAAAGGUCGAGUCUUUUUGGUUAGAUUGUUCUGGGUCUCGCGUGAUUAAGGGAAGAAGAAGAGAAAAUUAGGAACUUUUCUCGAUUUUCUCAGAUGAUGAAGAGAAUCUAAGUUGGGGUGUUAAAAAAUUAAAGAACUAUGUGGAAACAGAUUCUAAGUAAGCUCCCAAACAAAAAGUCUUCAAAGAACGAACACCAUCACCGUGGACGUGAGCACGGUGGCCAUUCUUCUUCAUCAUCAUCAUCUCAUGCUUCUACUUCCAAAAGCAGUGACAAUGGCGUCGGGAAAACAAAGCAUUCACAGACAAAAGAGAGAUCCACUGCUUCUUCUGAUGUGAAUCCAAAGAGCAGUGCUAACAACAACAACAACAACAACGGAGUCUUCACUCCUUAUGAAGCAUUACCAAGUUUCAAAGACGUCCCCAACACCGAAAAACAAACCCUUUUCAUAAAGAAGCUAAACCUAUGCCGUGUAGUCUUUGACUUCACAGAUCCCACAAAGAACAUCAAGGAGAAAGACAUCAAGAGACAGACACUCCUCGAGCUUGUGGACUACGUCAACUCCGCCAACGGAAAGUUCAGCGAAGGGAGCGUUCAAGAAGUCGUCCGAAUGGUCUCUGCCAACAUAUUCAGAACGCUGAACCCUCAGCCGCGCGAGAACAAAGUCAUCGACGCAUUAGACCUCGAGGAGGAAGAGCCUUCCAUGGACCUCGCCUGGCCUCACUUGCAGCUAGUGUACGAGCUUUUCUUGAGGUUCGUCGCUUCACCCGAGACAGACACCAAGCUCGCCAAGCGUUACAUAGACCAAUCCUUCGUCCUCCGGUUACUAGACCUAUUCGACUCCGAGGAUCCUAGAGAGAGGGACUGCUUAAAAACAAUCCUCCACCGGAUCUACGGUAAAUUCAUGGUCCACCGUCCUUUCAUCAGGAAGUCCAUAAACCACAUCUUCUACAGGUUUGUAUUCGAGACGGAGAAACACAACGGGAUCGCUGAGUUUCUCGAGAUCUUGGGAAGUAUCAUCAACGGAUUCGCUCUUCCGUUGAAAGAAGAGCACAAAGUGUUUCUGGUUCGGGUUUUGAUACCUCUCCACAAACCCAAAUGCUUGCAGAUGUAUCACCAGCAGUUGUCUUAUUGCAUCACGCAGUUUGUGGAAAAGGAUUGCAAACUCGCUGAUACGGUUAUAAGAGGGUUGCUGAAGUACUGGCCCGUGACGAAUAGUUCUAAAGAGGUUAUGUUUUUGAAUGAGUUGGAGGAAGUGCUGGAAGCAACUCAGCCACCGGAGUUCCAGCGGUGCAUGGUGCCGCUGUUUCGCCGGAUUGCUCGGUGUUUGAACAGUCUGCAUUUUCAGGUUGCAGAGAGAGCUUUAUUCUUAUGGAACAACAAUCACAUAGAGAAUCUGAUAAUGCAGAGCCGCAAAGUCAUUCUCCCAAUCAUAUUCCCUGCGUUGGAGAGAAACGCACAGAAACACUGGAACCAAGCUGUUCACAGCUUGACACUAAACGUGAGAAAGAUAUUCCAAGACCUUGACCCUGAGUGGUUCAAGGAAUGCCUUGCUAAGUUCAAAGAAGAUGAAUCAAAGGAAGGUGAGACCAAGGCCAAACGUGAAGCCACUUGGAAACGGUUGGAAGAAGCUGGGAUGCGAAAGGGUAAAUGAGGUUAGAGCUCUGUAGAGAAAGCAAAAGGAGAGAGCUUUCGCAUCUUCAAUUGGCACGUGGCAUAUGUAUGUAUGUGUCUCCAUAUACUUCUGAUACUAUAACUCAGGACAAGCAUUGAAGAAAUGUUUCAAUAUUUGGUCUCUUCUUCCGAGUUCCCAUUAUUAUUAUUAUUAUUAUUUUUUCAUGUUUCCUGUAAAAUCUUAUUGUUAAUGUUUUUUGUUGCUACACUGUCUAUGAUCCUCGUUCUUGACACUUCA